AUGAAGAACUCCACCCAAAACAACAAGACCGAUUUGAAAAGAAGACAGAGCCGGCGUAUGGCGGAGAAAGUUGAGAGCACGCAACAGCAAACACGGGCUGUGAACCCGUUUGCGAUCCCGGUGACUGAGGAAAUGAGGGAACUCGUCUGGUUCAAGUUGCCAGCAUCGUUCGAUAUGCCACUGGAAAACCUCAAUCCAUGGGUCAUGAAGGAGUUCAAAAAAUGGGAGCGUCGACGCCCAGCGCCAGAAGAAGAGUCAGUAAAGAUGGAGGCCGAUGGAUCAAUGGAUCAACCUGGCGUGUCUGCUGAAAAGGUGGCUGAAAAAGUGCUUGAAAAGGAGGAUAUGGAUAUGAAGGAGGAGAAAGAAGUGAGAGUUGACCCCCCAGUCCGGCUUGAAGAAAUUACUCAAGAAAAUGUGAAGGAGCUCAAAAGCGUCAUCGAGAGUACAAUGACAAAUCUAUUUGAAGACGAGAGCUACGAAGGAGCGAUCGCUCUCAAAGAGCACGGACGACUGGCUUUUUUGGAUGGAGUCCCGGUCGGUUACGUAAUGACGGAGCUAUACGAAAAUAGAAAGGUGCUGGUGACAUCUAUCGGAGUCCCAUUUGCCCAUAGGAAGUGUGGCGUCGGAUCGGUCUUGAUGAAACACGUGCAGAGCCUGUGCGAGCAACUCGGCCAGGUCAAAAAGCUCUCACUCUACAUUCAGCCAACAAACGCAAGAGGCAUCCGGUUCUUCGAAAGCCACGGGCUGAAGAGAAAGGAACUUCUCAGGAAUUACUACUCCGGUGAGCCAAGGGAGGCGUGGCGGAUGACCAGGAGAAUCCGGAAGUAG